GGGGCUCAGAGCCAGUGAUUCCCUGGAAGAAGAAGAAGAGGAGGAGGAGGAGGAGGAAGAAGAGGGCGAGGAGGGGUCGCCGACGGAGGAGGAUGGAGAUGAUGGAGACCCCCCCUCGGGAGGAGGAGGAGGAGGAGGACCCCCUGAUGCUGCUGCGCGGCUCCUGGGUGGAAGUGGCCCCUCUGGGAGCCCCUGAAUGGCCCUCCUCCCUGGAGGAGGAGGAAGAGGAGGAGGAGGAAGGUGAGCUGGAGGCCAUCCUGAGAGAAGCCCAGAUGGAGAAGGGCUGCGAAGGGGCCUUGAAGAAAGAGGACGACGACGACGGAAGCCCACCUGGGAAGAGGGAAGACCCCGAGAGGACGCCUCUCUGCGAGACCCUGCCCUGGACGUGGCCUGGCCCCCCGGAGACCCUGCCCCCCACGGACCUGGCCUGUGGACCCCUCCUCAGCCCGGCCCUGAGCCGGAAAGAGGGGCUGCAGGACCCCCCGCUGAUGCUGCUGGUGGUCCCCUCCCUGAUGCUCAGCCACGUCUUGGCCCUGGGCCUGGGCAUCUGCAUUGGGAAGCGCCUGGCCACCUCGUCCUCCAGCGCCCUGUGACCGGACCCCCCACCCUUUUUGUCCGCUCUCCAGCGAGGAGCCCCCUCCCCUAAUUCCAGGACUUAUCUGCCGCUCCUCACCCCAUGGACCCCUCCCCAAAUUGACUGAGAAGACCCUCCUUCCCA